UGAGCCGAAGGUAGAUGUUUAACAACUGAGCCACCCAGGUGCCCCAAAAGUUUGGGUAUUUAAAGUGAAACAUAUAUCAAUUUAAUAAAAAGCAAAACAUUUUAAUAAAGAUUAUUUCCUUUUCUUUUUUAACAAGCAAAACUGAAAUAUUUUCCUUUCAUGCAAGCAUGUGGGGCAAUUUAAAUGACUUUAAAGUAGUACAGUUCUUUAAAAAUGGCUCAGGGUCUCUUGGGUGAUUCUCCGUGUGUUGGCUAUCCAGCUUUUGGCUUUAGCUCAGGUCAUGAUCUCUGGGAAGGGACAGGAGAUCCAACCCCUUUCAUCUUUAUACCACCCCCAUCAGGUCAGGCUCCCUGCUCAGCAGGGAGUCUGUUUUUCCUCCCCCUCACUCUCUAUCCCACCUUGACCCCCCCAUGUGUGCACUCUCUCUCUCUCUCAAAUAAAUAUUUAAAAAAAACAAAAAUCGUUCAUAUUCAAUUCCGAUUGAGCAUCUUAAUGUAAGUAAAACUUCCAUUUUUUUUGCAGUCAGUGUUAUGUCAGUGUUUUCCAAACAUCUUAGUAAAUCACCUGGGAUGCUUAUAAGAAUUCUGGUUCCCAGACUAGAGCAACUGAAUCAGGCUCUUGGAAGAAAAAUGUGGUUUUUAAGGUAAGAAUACAACCUUUGAACCCUUCUUAAGAGCACCCAGUUGGAAAUAAAUACAAUAUAUCACUGCAUUGCAAUAGUGUAACAUUUCUCAAUAUUUGAUAAAAUCUAUAAAAGCCUAUAUAACAAUUUUUUAUUCAGAGUUGGAAUUGCUUUCUGGUUUCUGUAAUUUCAUCUCACAUGGACAAUUUUGAGACUAGAUGUUUCUGGGCCACAUAUCUCAGCCCAUUGUGGAUUCCUCCCUCUGCCCCUGCAGUUCAGUUUCUAUCUCUCCUUUUCAAAAUAUUUGGCUCCAAGAAGUUCCUGGUUUCCAACUGAAUGUUUAUGCAAUCACCAAAAAAAAAAAAAAAAAAAUUGUUUAAAAAAUUUUAAAGCAUGCUUUUACAUUGGAAUUUGGAGAUUCUUUAAAAAUGCAACUUUGAUCUUUACUUGAACACCAUUUGACAGCAAAAGGAUUAAGCAAUUAUGGGUUGUUCCAUUAUCCCUGCAGGAUACAUGAGAACUUCAAGGAAUUCUGUAUCACACAAAAGAAACUGCAUUUAAUGUGAUUGAAAGACACUGAGGGUAGAAGGAAACCUCUCUUCCCUUUCUCCUUGGAAGAGGCAGAAUGGUCGGAUUAUUUGCAGAGAAAGAAGAAAAGCAGAGGAGAGAAUCCACAUCUUCAAGAGGGUAAGGGACAGAGUAUCAAAAUGGCCUGGAAAAUGUUCAGAAUUAACAUCAGAAAGUCAAAUGUUCACCUAGGGCUCAGCUGGGAAGAAACAAAAGAAAAAUCAAUAUGCAGUCAAAGAAUGGCUUCACUUUUCUAGAAGGUGACUCUCUAGGAGAGUCCCUUAGCAACAGCUUCGAAAUUCCAGAACCUGUCCUCAACCCCGAUGGUCAGCUUCGGUGUCUGUCUGGAUCUCAGACUUCUUGCCCGAUCUUCCUACCACGGAAAUGCAUGUGGCAGUGGUGGAAACAGCCUUGGUGCUGCUGCUGAGCAUGGGGUGGACCUCAGACUCUCUCUGCUCACCCACCAUUUUUUAUAGAGACUGUUGGAUCCGUCGCUUUCCAGGUCUUCUGAUUGACCUGGAGGAGUCUCAGAAGCUGGGAGCUCAGUUCCUGAAGUAUUAUUCUGAAAGUACUGGCCAGAAAUGCAGCAGGAGCUGCUGCCUUAGGAAGGAUGUUUCCUGUAACGUGGCUGUCUUCUACCAUGAUCCCAUGCAUGACAAUGUCAACUGCCUCCAUGUUCACUGCCCCACACUGGAGAGCUGCAUCUUAGAGCCUGGAACCAGUGCCAUUUUAUACAACGUAACAGAAGGUAUAGAUCCAGAUUUGCUGGUUUUUGAACAAUCACGUCCCACAUAUCUAAAUACUCGUUCCUCAUCUAACACACGGGACAGACUAAGGAUUUUAAAAGCUACGCAUUUAGAUGAACAACAAACCACAGUGAUAAACCAAAUGCUACCAUCAACAGAGAUGCCGUCAUCAACCACACAUCAAGAUCUGGUUGUCAACACAAACAGUACUAGGUAUUCCAAGGGGUUAACCACAGAUUCUUGGGCAAAACUCAUUUCCCUGAAUAACUCCAUUACCACAGAGGCAAAUAUGGUGUCACACAGCACUGAUUCCAUCAAUAAUCCAGAUAACACGACUAUUUCUCCUUUCUUUGUUCCCAUAGACACAAAAGCUUUUCAUAGGCCUAUUCCAUCCCGACUCAACAGUAGCAAGCAAUUACUAAAUAAAACCAAGGGGUCCAACAGCAGAAACCACACAGCUGAGAAUGAAGACAUGACACCUGAUGGGGCAUCUGUGACUUCAAAGAUGUGGCUGGCUCCGGUGGCCCUCUGUACCUCUGUCAUCUUUCUUUGCUGUUGUAUGAUCAUCCUAGCAUCUGGAUGCUGGAGAAAGCAGCAGGGCCAGUAUAAGCCAGGGCAGAGAAAGUCAGGAUCCAGGCAUGUCAAAAAGUUAACACUCUAAAGAAGAACUCUUAAUAGUAAAAGUUAUAAGAAGAUUGUAAGCUUUCAAGGUUAUCAUUUUUAGUUUUCUGUAAAACAAGGGCAGUUUGUUUAAAAAAAAUAAAUAAUUGCACAGGAUGGCCCCCCUUACCAACCUCUAAAAAAGGCCAUAAUCUUCAUAAACUUAACUGCUUUGAUCAUUUCUAUUUUGUGAAUAGUCUACCCUUUGCCAAAGUUCCAAAAUUCUGACCCCUGCACUUGUUUAGCACAGUGUGAGAGAUAUGCUUCUAAGUGCUAUACAUGUAUUCCCUCAUGGAUAUAAUUUUAUGAAUUAGAUAUACUUUUUUAAAUGACUAUAGUAUUAUUAUCACAUUUUACAGAUGAGGAAAAUGAGAAGAGAGAAGCUAUUUUCCUUAAAGUCACAUAGCUUAAUAUUAGGGAAGGCAGGAUUUAAUAGAUAUCUGGUUCAAAAGUUCAUGCUGGAAAUCACUGUUAGAUUAAAAGCCUCCAAAAAACAUGGAAAAAAAGAUACGGAGAGGAAAACACCAUAAUAUCAUAUGUUUCCUGUCAAGGUCAAAUAAUUGUCAUGUAUAUUAAUAAAAUCUUUUAGUGGAUUGGACAGAAAAGUGCUAUUAUUACAGUUACUAACACAUGUGCAAAUGCAGCUUUUUAAAAAAAUUUAGUUUUGAUGUUCAAUUGAUUAAUUUCUUCUUAAUCCUAAACCAUCUUCAUUUUUUAAAGUUGACAUGCCUUUAACUCUGGUACUGGAAUCUUUGAGUUUGUGUUGAUCUCUGUUCAAUAAAGUUUGGGAGUUUUAGUUUACAGCCCUCACGUGUAUGUAGUGUUUUCCCAGGUGCAAACAUUAGCUGUAGGUAUUUGAGCUCUGUCCAAAUCUUACACCAGAUCUACCCCCACCCCCACCCUGAAGUGCAGACACUUUAAUUCAAUCAAGUCUCCAAUGAUUUUAAGCUUUAAGCCCUUAAUCUAACCCUUGAAACUCUGAAAGACAGCCAAUAAGCAAGAAUAGAUAAAAGAAAGGCCUAUUACAGGAUUAA